AGAAGACAGCAGCAGUCAUUUGAUGAUUAUACAAUUUACGAUCGAGCUGUUUACUAUAAAAAGAGAAGAGAAGAUUCAAGCAUCGUUCAGUAAACUUCAGACCUCGAUCUCGAGAAAAGUAUCAUCUAUCAAUAUGAAAAUCAUCGUUGCUUUCACAAUUGCUCUCUUCGUCGGUGCAUUGGCACUCACCGAUGAACAAAAGGCCAAACUUAAGGAAUACAAGGAUUCUUGUAUAGCCGAAACUGGUGUCGAUGCUGCAAUUGUGGAAAAUGCAAAGAACGGAAACAUCGCUGAAAAUGAUGAAAAAUUAUCUUGCUUCGCUGCUUGCUUUUUAAAGAAAAUGGGCAUACUAAGUCCGGAAGGAAAUCUUAACGAAGAAGUUUUAUAUGCCAAAUUACCGAACAGUAUUCCCAAAGAGAAAGCUGACGAAGUUUUCCAGAAAUGUAAAAGCCUUGGUGGCGCUAAUGUCUGCGAAAAAGGAGGUAAUCUGAUGAAAUGUUUCUUAGAAAAUAAAAAAUUCAUCAUAUUGAAUUAAAUAUAUUGUAAUUAAAUAUUGUAAUUAAAAUAAUCAAUAUUUUUUUCAUACUUUUGUCAUAUAUAUAUAUAUAUAUAUAUAUAAGUGAAUAAUUAAUUGUAAAUUGAUAAUUACAACACAAGCAAAUACCUUCCAAUUGUUUUUCAAAUAAAGUACAAUAUUUU